AUGCCCGUGUUCACAGAACAUGCCGCCGCCUCGCGAGAGCUGCGCGUGCUUCCCUCAUUCGCCCCUCCAUUGCCUCGUUUGGCCUCUGCCAUCCCACCCUCCACAACGGAGAGAUAUGAAGUGGUGGUUGUUGGAGCAGGCCCUGCAGGUCUGAUGCUGGAGCUUCUUUUAGCAAGAUAUGGGCUCAGUGAUGAUUCGUUGCUUUGCAUUGACGGGAAAUCAACGACCUUGAAGUCUGGACAAGCGGAUGGACUUCAGCCACGAACAUUGGAGACAUUGAAGUCAUUGGGUUUGGCAGACGAAAUUCUGAGCGAGGGGUGCCAGAUGUGGCAGGUCGCAUUCUGGAAUCCAUCAGAGGAUAAAGAAAAGAUCAUCGAGCGCACCUCAAUCAUUCCUGAUGUUAGUGUACCAGCACGAUACCCGCAUGAAGUCACCAUUCAUCAGGGUCGUAUCGAGCGAAUCUUAGAGACAGAUUUGCUGCGAUACUCAAAGCGAGGUGUGCAGCGUAACACCAAAUUACUCGAUGUCAAAAUCGACGAAGAUGGCGAUGCAGAGUUUCCCGUUCUCGCCGAGAUUGAGACCGAAGGACGGAAACGCACCGUGCGGGCAAAACACCUGGUGGGCGCUGAUGGGGCCCACUCGGUAGUCCGACGCUGCAUGGGACUGAAGCUCGAAGGCGAAUCAAGCGAUCACAUCUGGGGUGUUGUGGACCUAGUUGUCGACACUGAUUUCCCUGAUAUCAGGCGCAGAUGUGCUAUUCAUUCCCCGGCCGGAUCUGUGAUGGUCAUUCCCCGGGAAAGAAUUGCGACCGGGGAUUAUUUGACUCGUCUAUAUGUCCAGGUCCCUGGCGACGUGAUACCAAGUGAAGACCAAAGGCCAGAAAACGGGACUGGAACACCCCCUGUCGCGGAUGCGAGGGCACGACGAAGCCAAGUCACCGAGAAGACGAUUUUCGACAAUGCAGCGGCCGCGUUUGCGCCUUACUAUAUUCGUCCCAAGGCAGACGGAGCUGUGGACUGGUGGGCAGCUUACCAAAUUGGCCAACGCGUCACGGACGACUUCUCUGUAAAGGACUCUAAGGGUAUCAACCGGGUUUUCAUUGCUGGAGAUGCCUGUCAUACUCAUAGUCCUAAGGCCGGCCAAGGGAUGAAUGUUUCCAUGAUGGACUCUUACAACUUAGCAUGGAAGCUCGCUUAUUCCAUCAAUGGACUCACACCCGCAAGUCCCACCGGGGAUAUUCUCGACACAUAUCACCAGGAGCGUCAUACGAUAGCCCAGCAGUUGAUCGAGUUUGACAAGGCAUUCUCGUCCAUGUUCUCAGGAAAGAUCGGCGUAUCCGAGGACGGCAUUAGUACCCUCACCCACGAUGAGUUCAUGGAAGUGUUCCGUCGUGGCAACGGGUUUACUAGUGGCUGUGGUGUCGAAUACCCGGAAAACCUGACCGUCACCCGCGGCCUUGACGAAGGAAUCAAUCCAAUCGAGGGUACAGACUUCCUCUCUGGUAUCCUUUAUCCAGGCAGACGUCUCCUGAACGUCCGUCUCGUCCGCCAUGCUGAUGGCAACAAGCGUGAUAUACAGGAUGGUAAGAUUCUUACCAAAUUCGAAUCACUUUCGCUUUUCUCACAAUGCUUAGACUUCCCAUCAACCGGUCGCUUCCGUGUUCUUUGCCUCACAUCCACAGAUCUGUUAGACUCGACCGGUAUCUCAGCUCAAGCACUCAGCGCUUUAUCCAAAGCCAUCUCACGAUUCCCCAAAUCCGUUGUAGAGCAAGUUGUUGUUCACCCGCGUCUGUCUAGGGAUUUCAUGUGGGGCGACAUCCCUCGGGCAGUGAAGGAGCACUCUGAGAUGUCCUUCUACAAUGGUUACGAGCUCGACGAUGUUUACGGAACUUAUGGCGUCGAUCCGGAGAAGGGAGCUGUGGCUAUUGUGCGACCCGAUGGAUAUAUUGGUGUUAUUGCGUGUUUGGCUGAUGUCAACCGUGUGGAACGCUAUUUGGAAGGGUUGAUUCGAACUGUUUAA